AUGCCACUGGAUUCAACCAUGUGCGUCGACAUUGACCCUGAAGCCAUGCUCGUCGACAUUGACCCUGAGGGUGACACUCUGCUUAUCCUUGCUUUCAACCAUAAUCUUCCUGCCUUGCCAGAUUACCCAGAAACAGUCGUCGUCAAGACUGAGCAACACUUUCUCUGCUCCAAAAAACAUCUGACUUUCGCAUCGCGCCGUGCUGCGAGGGUAUUCUCAAGCAAGUUCAGAGAGUCCUCCAAACUGGAAGAUGGACUUUAUCAUUGGAACUUGGGCACUGCUUUCGACCCCGAGGCUUUCGCGAUUGUCUUGAACGUCAUCCAUGGAAAAUCACGAACCGUUCCUCAAACACUUGAUCUCGAUCUCUUGGCCGAGGUUGCUUCUAUUGUUGAUGAUCUAGAGUGCAGCGAUGCUAUCUUGAUCUUCGGCCACAGGUGGCUCAUGCCCUUUGGCAUGUUUUACACACUCCCAAAGACUAUGGAUAAGACGCUAGCCCAACUCAUCCUCGUCUCGUCUGUUCUAGAGGACACCAAGCUCUUUUAUAGCAGCACCAAGCUUGCUAUUCAACACAGCAGCGAUACUGUACCAUCUUUUGAUCUCCCAAUUCGUCUAGAUAUCAUCAGACGUAUCGAGGAAAGCAGAGUAAGCAUCCUGCAAGAACUAAUACAGAAACUCGACAAGCUCCAGGAUGAUCUCCUCGAGGGACGACUGGGCUGUAGCGACGGAUGCAGAGCUAUGUUUUUGGGAUCUCUGCUACAAACAAUGAAAGCGUCCAAGCUGUACCCACCGCCCGAGCCACCAUUUUCUUCCUUGACCCUGACCUGGGUCAUCGAAUCUCUGCGCUAUGCACAGUCCCCAAGGUACUUCAGCCCUGCCAAUGAUGGUCCUAAUGAAAAGCAUUCGGGUUCGUGGCAUAUGAAAGAAAAGCCAUCUGCCACACCCGUACCCCUACUCAAACCGACCCUUUUUGGACCGAGCUCCAAUCAAUUCCAUGCUCAAAACAAUCCUGUUCCCAGGUCAACUUCUGGAGGAUUAUUCGGCAAUUCUUCGGUCCUCCAGAGUGCUCCGGCCGCAAAUACGGCUCCUGGUGGCCUUUUUACCACUAGUCCUGCGGCAGCUUCUGGUGGUUUGUUCGAUACUCCCGCUGUGCCUCAAGCCAAUACUAAAACUGCGACCUCUGGUGGACUAUUCGGUUCCGGUACUGCGCCUCAAAAAUCUGUUCCUACCCCGUCAUCUGGUGGUCUGUUUGGUGAUAGCGGUGGUAAGACUACUGCGUCUGGAAGUGGUGCUGCUACUACAAGCCAGGAUAUGAAUGCACCCCAGAAGAUAACUCGACACGACUGUCGUCUAAAGGACUUUAUCGAUCCUCUGGUACUUGCAGUAGAGGAGAAGAUUCAAGGAUUACAGCUCGCUGAAUUCCCACAGCACUGA